UUAUGACUUUAUUAAAAAAGAUUUUCUGCUACGGAUGCACAGUAUGUUUCUUGCUAGUAUUCGGGUUCGUAUGUUUUUCUCUUGGGUCUUCUCAAGUUAACAUACCAUGUACGAACGUUAUACAAGAGGGAAAUGAUGAGGAGCAUCGGGCACCUUCCUCAGCCCAGAUAUUGUCUGGAAUCAGAAAUCAAAGCGAUCAAAAGCUCAAAACUUCCCUUGCAUCUCUACAGCUUCCCAACACUGAGGAGAAUAUUCAAACUGACCAAUUGUGUCCUAAUACAGAAGAGUUCUCGGAAGAAAACGAACGAAAGCUAGAUUGGAUACAGUCACAAUGUAACAACACCCUUAGUUCUUUCACUGAAAGUGUCAGAUCGAAACUAACAAAAAUAAGGGAGAUAUUUUACUUCCCCAAAUCUUUAUUGGGAUGGUGUCCAGUGUACAAGGCGGCGACCUCAAACGUGUUCGCACAUUUCUGCAGCGACUAUUAUGAUAAUAAAACUUGUCAGGACAAACAUGUCAAAAUGUGGAGAUUCAACGGAGGCUUCAGAAAACGAGAGGACUUCAAAGAAAAGGAUCCUCCGCCUAAAGACGAGAAAAGAUUUCUAGUAGUUCGAGAUCCAUUCAGAAGAUUACUCUCCCUUUAUCGAAAUAAAGUAGAGCUGUUAAGCCACCCAAUUUUUAAAGACAUUUUUACAGACUUUAUGAUUCACUAUCGACCAAUAAGAUGGAAUGUAGACUUUGAUCAGAAGAUAAGCGCUGAUCAGGCGAUUAGUUACGCGGAAUCAAUGACAGAGGGUGGAACUCAUGAGAAACCAGAAGAAGACAACCCAUAUUUAUAUCCACCAUAUCCCACAUUUAAGGAGAUUGUGGAUGCAACGAUAGCCGGUUGGAAGAACAAUCAUGUCAUUCCAGCUAGUCAAAGAUGUGGUCCGUGUGGUUCAACUCCGUAUGAUUUUCUGCUGAAAGUGGAAACAUUUGACUGUGAUCUGAAAAAUAUGUUCAACCUAACUGGCAACCUAAGACUCCUCACGAACAGUGAGAGAUGGAUGACAAACCAGACCCCUGCCCUGGAUAUGACGAUGUUCUACAGCUACUACUCCACCCUGUCAACGGAGCAGCUGGAUGGGCUGCUCUACUUUUACCAAGACGACUGUUUGCUCUUCCAGUACCCAUGUGCAGAGCACGUGGAAAAUAUUAAACAAUUUAAAUUAUUAAAUCCUAAUCAUAAGCAUGAGUAUAAAAACACUUGGUCGGGAAUAUAUGGUGAUCCGACAUUAUUAGCUGAAUUAAUGAAUUCUGUGAUUAUUUUUAUUACAUUAAUUAAAUGUCGUUAAAUGUCACUACAUUUUUUUACAAUUAUAUUGCAUUUCUUGGCUGUUGAGUGUUGAGUAUUUGAUAUUUAAGGUGUUGCUUUUUGCCGGUACUAGUUUGUUAACAGGAAUCUUAAAGAAUUUUAAGAAUUUCCU